AUGUGUUGUUUUGAUUGGUUAAUUUUUAUCUUUACAUCUGUGUUAAGUUUAUCCGAGAAGUUAUUGUUUCUUUAUUUGGUAAUUUCAUAUCCCUAUGUCGUUGGUAAGAAUAAAAAUCUUCCUAGUCCAGAAGCACAAUACCAAGAGGUUGAAAUAACAGAAGAUGAUCGUAUUUAUGAUAUUUUAAGAAAAAUGGACCAUCUAUAUCUCUUACUAUACAAAGUAACUAUUCAGAUCGCACCGAAUAAUAAAUUCAAUCCUAAAGAGACCAUCACUACUACCACCGAAUUAAAUGCAUAG